AUGGCCGACACACCGUCGGAUGCACUAUGGCGAAUCGCUGCGUUCGCCGUCAUCAUGCUUCUGUCUGGACGUGAUCGAUGGUGGAUCGUGUUCGUGUUGUACUCGAUUUAUCGACUUACACAAACUGAAUUGUUUGAUCGAAUACGGCAAACGAUACGGCGAGAUUUGAAGUGAGU